GUGUCAAGUAACUCUACAUGUUUUGACCCUCCGCGGCUUCCUUACCCGGCGUGGACGUCAAUGACAUUCUGAGCUUUCAUAAGUCAGUUCGCAUGUUCAGGCUGUAAAGAUGUCGUUAAGCUUUUUAUUCAGAACAGUUACAAGAGACGUGGCAAAGGUCAGCAUUCGCCAGCAUGCACAGUCGUUACACACAGGUUGUCAGCUACUGGCAGCUGAGAAAGCCCUCCUGAUGAAACUGCGGAAAACCACUGGCUACACAUUCAUUAACUGCAAGAAAGCCCUGGAGAAGUUUGAUAAUGACAUAGCACAGGCAGAGAGCUGGCUAAAUGAGCAGGCCCAGCAGGAGGGCUGGAGCAAAGCAAACAAGCUGGAGGGUCGCAAAGCCAAAGAGGGUCUGAUCGGCCUGUUUGUAGGAGACAAAACAGCAGUCAUGGUGGAGGUUAACUGUGAGACAGAUUUUGUUGCCCGCAAUGAGAAGUUCCAGCAGCUGGUUAAGGAUGUUGCAUUCGCCACUUUGGAUCACCAUCGGAAUAUAAGACAAAGCCAGACAGGAUAUGUGAAGAGCAUCCUGGCAGGUGAAGAGUUAAGCAAACUGAGUGUGGCUGAAGGAGCCUCGCUAGCUGACCAUGUGGCUCUCACAAUAGGUCGCCUCGGUGAGAACAUGUCAGUGAGGCGUGCAGUGACUUUGGCCGUCCCUGCUGAGUGGAACAUCGGCUCGUAUGUUCACGGUGGUGUGAGUGGCCAGACUGAGGUGGUCAUGGGUCGGUACGGCACCCUGGUUGUAUUUCAAGGUGGAAAGGAGGGAGAACAGGAAGUUCUAGGACGUAAGCUGGGGCAGCAUAUAGUGGGCGAGGCCCCUGUGUCUCUGGGCAACAUGGAUGACCUGCCCUGUGGUGAAAGCGAGACACGUCUGCUGCCUCAGACCUUCCUGGUAGACCCCAGCAGGACUGUGGCUCAGUUCCUCUUGGGUCAGCAGGCUCGAGUGUUGGACUUUGUCCGCUUUCAGUGUGGCGAGGCAGUCAGUGAAGAAGCAAAAUGAGGGGAAAGAAAUUAUUUAUCUACAGGAUUUGCCAUGUGUCUUUAUUUCAUACGAAAAUGACAUAAAUCCACCCAAUUAACUGAGACUAUCACACUGUCAUUAUGAAAUUUAAAGUGGUAUAUAUGUGGGCCUACCAGCAUUGGUGCCAGAUGAAAUUACCAAUCCAACAAUAAAAAAGUGUUUUGUUCUUGAAA